AUGCACCUCCACAUCGCCAUCCUCGACCUCGACAUCCCCGUGCCCACCGUCCACGCCGCCCGCGGCCUCUACAGCUCCCAAUUCACCCACCUCCUCGCCUCCGCCGCCGCACGCCUCUCCCAGUCCCUCGACAAAGGCAGAGAGAUAACGAUCAGCACCUCCUCCUACGACAUCAUCGGCGGGAUCUUCCCCCCCUCGCACCUGCUGCUGCCGCACCCUUCGCAACCCAGCGACAGCGAAACAGACCGCAUCCGCAAAAUAGACGCCAUCCUCCUCACCGGCUCCUCCGCCUCGGUCUACCGCCCACACCACCACCCCUGGAUCCCCCCCCUGCAGAGCUUUCUGGCUGACGUCUACGCGAACUACCCGCACAUCAAGCUCUUCGGCUCGUGCUUCGGGCACCAGGUGCUCGCGCAGGCGUUGGUGCCGGGGUGUGUGGUCGAGGCUUGUCCUGGGGGUUAUGAGAUGGGGAUUGGUGCGAUUGCGCUCUCGCGGGAGUUUCUGGGGAGGUUUGGGCUAUCGUCGCCGAUGCUGGGGGAGGCUGGGGCAACGGCUGGGGCAACGGCUGGGGGAGAAGGGAAGGAGAUGAGGCUGCAGCUUAUCCAUGGGGAUUGGGUUGUCGUGCAGGGGGAACGAGGGCUGCGGCUGCGGCUGCCGGAUGGCUGGGUUAAUGUUGGCUCGACGCCGCGGUGUCCCGUGCAGGGAGUGUAUCGUCCCGGACGGGUGUUGACCCUCCAGGGGCACUUUGAGUUUGAUGUGUUUGUGAACCGGGAGACGUGUCUGGAGUUUGGGAGGAGGGGGGGUUGGGAUGCGGAGGUGGUAGAAGGGUAUUUGAGGGCGAUUGAGGCGGGUGAUGGGGAGGAUGACUCGGAGGUUGCGGCGGAGAUGGUGGUUUGGUUCUUUGCCGGGGAGGAUAUGAAAGUACAUGCUGAUGGUGAUGUUAAGAUGGAGAUGGAGGGAGGGCUGUUGACGCCUCCGUUGGAGUAG